UGACUUGUCUAAGAUAGUUAAGUAACCAUGUUUAAUAUUUCAGGCCGUUUACAUGGGAAUGGCAUAUGGAACAAGUGUGCCCAUCUUGUGUGAGGAUAUGGCCUGUGAAGACGGGUCUACUUGUGUAACUGUCCAAUCAGAGCCCUGUACACCGCGCUUCUGCCUUCCACCCCACGGGGAAUGUGUCGCCGUCUCCACGAAGACGGGUAUGUGUCCCAAUCGCUUAGAGAACCCCGCCUGUCUGUCACUGCGCGGUGUCCCCCAAUGUACGGUGGACAACGACUGCCAAGACGACAAGAAGUGUUGCGACGGAUGUUGUAAGACCCCAGACGUAGAGCCCGUCGCUAAUGAGUCCCCAGUUUUGGACGGGACCCCUGGGUCCUGCCCCGUUGAGGAGAACAUCAGCUCCUUGCGGAUAUGGACGGGUUUGUACUGUCCAGAUGUGGAAGUCGUCGAUCAGUGCCUAGUGGACGCGGAAUGUCCGGCGAUGCAGAAGUGUUGUACGACACUGUGUGGGAACAGAUGCAAGCGUGCUUUACACAUACUGCCUCCGGUGGCGCAGUAAAUUUCUCUACAGAUACCCACGAAAAACACUCCGGAUCCUGGCCUACAGCAGUC